CACUUUUUAGCUUUAGACUAGUCUGUAAUAAUGUCAAAUGGGGCAGUUCUCCAGUCACUGGUAUUUGGAAUCACUGUGAUUUCUGGUGCCAGUGCUACUUUGCCUAUUGUUGCCAACACAUGGCCAUGGCCACAAGCAACUGACGCUGGGUGGAAAGCUUUAAUAUCAUCGUCUGAUCCAAACACAGCAGUACUUGACGCAAUUCAAGCAGGCUGCACAAGAUGUGAAGAAGAUCAAUGUGAUGGCACAGUGGGUUUCGGAGGCUCACCGGAUGAAAACGGUGAAACAACACUUGAUGCUUUGAUUAUGGAUGGAACAACAUUAAAUAUGGGUGCUGUCGGUGCUCUUCGACGAGUCAAAAAUGCCAUUGGAGUUGCUCGCCUCGUUCUUGAUAACACUGAACACAGUAUGUUAGUGGGUGAGCUUGCAACAGAGUUUGCCGUGCAAAAUGGAUUUAAAGAAGAAAGUCUUGCAACCAACCAUUCCACAAGUAUGUGGGAAAACUGGAAGAGUAAACAAUGUCAACCAAAUUAUCAUAUUAAUUGUAUUCCAGACCCAAGCACAUCAUGUGGACCCUACCAUCCAGCAAGUCUCCAAUCAAAUAGUAAAAAUAAAACUGGUAACAUCAGGCCUGACAAUCAUGACACAAUCGGCAUGAUUGCAAUUGAUAAUAAUGGUAAAACUGCUGCCGGUACUUCAACAAACGGAUUAAAUCAUAAAAUUCCUGGCAGAGUAGGAGAUUCGCCAAUUCCUGGGGCUGGAGCUUAUACCGAUGAUGAUGUCGGUGCUGCCGUGGCAACGGGAGAUGGUGAUGUAAUGAUGAGACUUUUACCGACAUAUCAACUAGUAGAAAAUAUGAGGCAGGGUAUGUCACCAGAGGAGGCUGCUAGGGACGCCCUCAACCGAAUUUUAAAAAGAUAUUCGACUUUUGAGGGCGCUCUUAUUGGUGUAAACAUAAAAGGUGAAGUUGGUGCUGCAUGUACAGGAUUUGAAAAUUUCUCCUUUUGUGUUAGAACUGCGAAAAGUACCAACACAACCAUUCAUUCUAUACCUUGUGUUAAACUGGAUAAACUUAAAUGAUUUUGCUUAUUUUUUGCUGAAUUUUUUAACUCCAUUAUUUUUGUCUUAUGCAAAAAGUGCAAUUUGAAGUCCAUGAAAAUUUUUUUUAUCUUUUACCCUUGUAGAAAUCCAAAUUUUAUGAAUUUGGUUUUGAGCAUGAAUGCCGCAAAUUGAAUUUUUAUAGCUAAAAAGCUAUAUAUAGCUUGGUAUUAUUAAUGCUACAACAUAUAUCUGACUAAAAUUCACUCUGAAAAUAAUACUUUCGUUACAUAUUUUUUUAAACAGUUGUACAAUGCUGAAAACCCCUAAAAUGAUAUAUCAGUUUGGUAAACUUAAAUUCAUGUUUUCAACGGUAUGUAUUGAAUGUUUAAUUAGUAAGCAUUAUCCUGUUAAUGUGUAACAUGCUUAGAUAAUGCAUCUGAUGUUAUUGAAAUAUCACUCAUUAAAAUAUCUUCAAGUAAUUGAGUCAUUUUAUUCUUUACAAACCCUGUAUUCUUCACCAACACAUGCUAUCAAGUCUGUGGUUUGUAUAUUUAAUUUAUUUUGUAUUACUGCAAUUUUACGAACACUAGCGGUCCUUCAAAAUUGAAGUUGGACAAAAACACAGAUCGGCACCAAACUGUGAUGCUUUUCAUGAGAAUGAGUGAUAAAAAGUUUUCAUGAUCUUGAAUAUUGACUGUUACUAUGGUAUCUUCUCAUAUUACUGGGAAUAAGUCCUGUGUUACUGAUAAGCUGAAUUCUUUUCAAAUUGAUUUUUUAUGUAAUAUAUUUGUACUCAGGUAAGAUAGUAUCAUUAAUAUUUCAAUCAAUAUUCCAAAUUAUUUUUCAACCAUUAUCUCAAUAAAUAUUUUUCACUGAUGUAUGUAAUUCUUUAAAAUGUUGAAAUUUUAUUGAAAAAAUGCCAUUCAAUACAAAUAUGUACAACAUGAUAUGGCUAUACUCUGAAUUUUUAAAUUGUAUACUCAUUUAUUGCGAAGCAAAUUUAUAUAAAAACAAUCUCGAUGAAAGACGUAGGUCAAUUUUUUGGUUGUAACUCAAAAAUAUAUUAUCAAUUUUCUCUUUCCUAGAAACACUUUCAAUUAAAUAAAUCUACUCGUGACUCAAUGUUGCAGUUAUGAAGCUUCUAUUUCGAGUCAAAAUAUUUGUCACACUAUAUUUUGUAAAACAACCCUCCCCUCGGAAUAACAUUCCGGGAUACCAUGUUAAUUUAAUUCUGUCAUGCGUCUGUCUCAUGCUAUUUUCAGAUAUUUCAGGCAUCGGAUGUCACAUCUGAAAACAUGUAAACAUCCAAAAAUUUAAAUUAUUGUGAAACUUGGCUGGCUCUGAAAAUUGCUUAAUGAAAGAUAUUUGGAUUCAGUAAGACAUAGAUCAUAAUUGAUUUGUAUGUGUUGAAUCAUAUUGUGAAAAUGUAAUUUACCUCUCUUUUAGCCUGUUACUUGGAGCAGACAAGCGUUUCCCACAAGCAAAAACAAUUUUCUAUAUUACACUUGAGAGUUUGAUAAGGUCAUAAGAUUCCAUUAUUCUAGCCAAAAUUUUUGUGGCUUAUUGUUGAAAAAAUGCAAAUAUCACUUUUUUUACAGCUUCGUUUUUCUUAACUGAAAUGCAAGUAAUAAACGGCCAGUACUUAACGUAGUUAAAACGGAGUUGUUAUUGCCCUUUGUCGCAUCUAAUAUUUAUUUUUUUGAUAUGUAUUUCCUCUGAGUGUGGGAUGAUUCCACUCUUAUUAGAAUUCUUAUCAAAUUAUCAUAUGCCAAAUGUUUUUGAGUUUUUAUAUAUUUUUUUAUUGAACCUUGCUGCCUCAUUUACAUUAUUACAAUCAUACAAAUCAAAGUUUUGAAAAGUAAUUUGGUGUCACGGUAAAUGUUUAUUGAAUUUAUUUUCUCAACUAUCACACAGCCCCUUAUUAUACUUUUUCUGAUGAAUUUUAUCGGACUCAACUAGACAUUUUAAAUAAACGAAAAUAUUAUCAUAAUCAUAUUCUCCCUUUAAUAAUAUGCGUCCAUUCUAUUUUAAAAUAUAUUAAAUUUCCGUCUGCUAACCACGAGACUGUAUAUUAUAUGUUUGCAUGUGGCGUCCAAGCUUAAGUGUUGAUAAAUCGAAAUAUGUAAAAUAAUAUACCUUGUACCUAAUUGACGAAACAUGCAAGUCAAAUAACGAGAGGAAAAGUGCCACAGGCCGUCUAGCAUGGCCAUGUAUGAUUGAAACUAGUAAUACUAAUAUUUAUGUUAUGGAGGUUUUGAAUUUUUUUUACUCACGAACUGUCAUGUUAGAUGCAUUUAAACUAAACCAAGGACACGGUUUUGUGAAUUUUAAUAAAUGGGUUAAUGAAGGAGUUCUGAGUUUUUCCAGGGAAAUAUUCAUUUGUUAUGUAAAAUGACUUUAUGUCGAAUUAAACGUUUUAUCGUAUUUUG